CGUCCACCCACCGUCUCCUGGAUAUGAAGCGGGGUUGGGGGCGCACGGUCUCCACCCUGCUCUAGGACACCUGCUCCCAUAACGCCCUCGGCUGCUUGGGGCGGGCGCUUCCGGCACUGUUGCAGACCCCGGGCAUCCGGCACCCUCCAGUGUCGCUGGGAAUAGACGCCAAGGCCUCACCGGCUAAGUGGAUUGACUUCACAGGUUUCCAACUAAUUCCACGUUUUUGAAAGGCGCUGUUUGGAGACCUGGCCUGGGGCCGGCAGCUGUAGUGGAGGGUAGGCGCCCCUCAGACCGAGAUCGCGACUUGUUUGGCCUGCACCACGUUCCUGCAAUGUACAGGUGCACUUCGUGGCCCCAGAGAAGAGGGGUCUGGGGGCGGCGGACGGUGGACCCGGGGGCGUUCAGCUAGACAGGUUAGGUACGCAGUGCGCGUUUUUCGUGCAAAUGAUUAUCGAGGCCUGCGAGCUGGGGACUUUACUAUUCGCACAUUAAAAAAAAGAAAAGGAAUCCGAGAGACCGUGUCACUUGGUCAAAGGCGCCCAGCGGAAACGGCCAGGCGACCUCCGGGCUCUGAAGUUCUCUGCAGGAGACCCUGAGCCCCGACUUCCCCACCUAUCUGGGGGCGAGGUCUCCUUCCACGGUCACCAACUCCACGGCACGCGCCCCCACCGCCGCGGGGCGGGGAUCUAGCCCCCUCUCGAGCACGUGGUCACGCGCCAGCCCGGGCGAGGAGACGUGGGCGCCGCUCUAGCCGCCGCGGCGCAGGUGCCGGAGUCUCGCUGGCGUGACGUACUUCCGGGGCGGUGGGAGGGGGGGGGAGGCAAGAUGGCGGCUCCCAUGGAAGUGGCCGUGUGUACGGACUCGGCGGCCCAGCUGUGGAGCUGCAUCGUGUGGGAGCUGCAUUCGGGCGCCAAUUUGCUCACGUACCGCGGCGGCCAGGCCGGACCCCGCGGCCUGGCGCUGCUCAAUGGCGAGUACCUGCUGGCGGCGCAGCUGGGCAAGAACUACAUCAGCGCCUGGGAGCUGCAGCGGAAGGACCAGCUCCAGCAGAAGAUCAUGUGUCCUGGACCUGUCACCUGUCUGACCACAUCGCCCAAUGGCCUGUAUGUCCUGGCGGGGAUUGCAGAGAGCAUAUACCUGUGGGAGGUCUCCACGGGGAACCUUCUGGUCAUCCUGAGCCGCCACUAUCAGGAUGUGUCAUGCUUGCGGUUCACUGGGGACAGCAGCCACUUCCUCUCGGGGGGCAAAGACUGCCUGGUGCUGGUGUGGAGCCUGUGCAGCGUGCUGCAGGCGGACCCCUCCAGGACCCCGGCCCCCCGGCAUGUCUGGUCUCGUCACACCCUCCCCAUCACAGACCUGCACUGUGGCUUUGGGGGGCCCCUGGCCCGGGUGGCCACCUCUUCGCUGGACCAGACGGUGAAGCUGUGGGAGGUCUCGUCGGGCGAGCUCCUGCUCUCUGUGCUGUUCGACGUGGCCAUCGUGGCUGUGACCAUGGACCUGGCCGAGCACCACCUGUUCUGUGGCGGCAGCGACGGCUCCAUCUUCCAGGUCGACCUUUGCACCUGGCCUGGGCAGAGAGAGAAGACCUUCCAGCCGGAGCAGGACAGCGGGAAGGCGUUCAGAGGGCACAGGAACCAGGUGACCUGCCUGUCCGUGUCUACUGACGGCAGCGUGCUGCUCUCCGGCUCACACGAUGAGACCGUGCGGCUGUGGGACGUCCAGAGCAAGCAGUGCAUCAGGACGGUGACCCUCAAAGGCCCUGUGACCAACGCCUCCAUCAUGCUGGCGCCGCUCAGCAUGCUGAGCUCGGACUUCAGGCCGGGCCUGCCCCUGCCCCACUUCAGCAAGCACCUGCUGGGCGCCGAGCACGGGGAUGAGCCCCACCGAGGGGGCUUCACGCUGCGCCUGGGCCUCCACCAGCAGGGCUCGGAGCCCAGCCACCUGGAGCGGGCAGAGCAGCUGCACGCGGUGAUGAGCGGCACGAUGGAGAAGAGCGUCCUGGGCGGCCAGGACCAGCUGCGGAUCCGCGUGGCCGAGCUGGAGGACGAGGUGCGGAACCUGCGGAAGGUCAACCGCGACCUGUUCGACUUCUCCACGCGCAUCAUCACGCGGCCGGCCAAGAGAUGCACAUCGGGGCGCAAAGAGGUACCUGCACACCCACGUUCACAGCAGCACGGUCCUUAGUCACCGGACACCCCCGGUGCCCGUCCGCGCACGAAGGGUAGGCACUCCGUGGUCCAUCCACGCGCCCGAAUGUGAUCCAGCCUUAGAAAGUGCCACCUGCCACCACAUGGAUGGACCCCGAGGACACUGCGCGGUGACGGAAGCCAGACCCAGAAGGACACGUCCUGCGUGACCCCACGCACAGGGGGUCCCCUGAGGAGUCGCGUCCACAGAGCCAGAGAGCAGACUGGGGGAGCCAGGGGUGGGCAGGGGCCGGGGAGUCUGUGCUGCUUGGGGACAGAGUCUCAGUCUGGGGAGAUGGAAAGUUCUGGAGAUGGCUGGUGGGGGCGGCUGCACGACCGUGUGAGUGCGCCUGAUGUCACUGAGCUGUGCACUUGGAAGUGGUCGCGAUGAGGGGCGCCUGGGUGGCUCAGUCGGUUAAACGUCGACUUGAUUUUUGGCUUAGGUCGUGAUCUCGUGGUUCCCGGGGUCCAGCCCUGCGUCGGGCUCCAUGGAGCCUGCUUGAGGUUUUCACUCCUUCUCUCUGCCCUUCCCAGUUUGUCUUCUGUCUCUAAAAAACAAAAACAAAAACAGAAAAAUGGUUAAAGUGUUAAAUUUUAUUACGCGUUUUACCACAGUUGGGAAAAACACCUCCCGUGUGUUGACUUGUUGAAUCUGCACGGCAGCCGGGAGAUGGGAACUAUUAUCGCCUUGUAAGUAUGGGGAAACUGAGGCACGGUGGUCAGGGAGCUGAUGCUGGGUCAUACAGCUGGGAAGUGGCAGUUCUAGAUUCCCGCAGAGUCUGGGCUCUUUGUCCCGGCCCCUGACCGCGGGGAGAUGACGCAGAAAAGGCAGAAGUGUAGUGGAAACGGGCAGCUUCAAAGGGCGCCCGUGCGUGUGAGCCCUCAGAGGGCCAAGGGCGGCCGGCUGGCAUCUGCUGAGCUGGCUUGGGGUGAGGGACCGUCCCCUACCCAGCACGGGCCCCUCAUCCUGAGGAGUCGUGCUGUCAGAGGGACCUCACCACAGGGUGGGCAGAGCCCGGGCGGUCCCUGUGGGCUCUUUACCUCCUGGUGCCUCAGCCAGGACCAGGGCAGGUGGGUGGGCUCCCUGGUGCCAGGGGCCCCUGGCAGGACAGCGGUGACUCAGGUCAGGGCGCGAGCCUGCAACCUGGGACCUUCCCUGUCCUCGGGUGGCUGGCCAAGUGGCUGGACACGGUGGCCUUGUCGGCCGGAACCCAGGCACACAGCUCUGGACGCUCAUCUCCAAAUUGGAUCCACACUGUUGGCUGCCGUUUGGCAUUUUUAUUUAUCUGAUGGAGUUUUAUUCCUGCCUCUGUAACACUGGCUCCAAAAGGAGAUGGUUUUGUGUGUGAAGAAUCAGCCGAGUGUAGAUUCGCUCAUUAGCACGGGAAUGUUCUGUGCCCUGAGGGGUGUUGGGACACUUCCCCCCGCCCCCUCCCCCCCCACCUUGGGGAGGACGGGCUGAGAGGAUUCCUUGCAGGGUGCUGGUGGGCCUGGGUCAGCCAGUGUUUAGUGAGUACCUGCUGCAUGCCAGGGUCACGGGAAGAAACUGGUCAGAGCACGGGAGAAGGCUCGGGGGAUGGUAGAGGGCGGGGAGCUAUGGAAGCUUCUGGAGCAGUGGAGGGUGAUGUAACUGUCCUGUCUGAGCUCAAGCAUCAAUUAGAGUGCCCACUGUGUGCGAGCAUCAGAGACCACAUUAGCAAGCCAGACCCACUCUUGCCCUCCCACUGCUGAGUAGGGAAGGUGGCCACUAAAUAAAGCAGAUAAACCAA